GUGCGUUGAGUGGAUUGUGUGAGAUGUUGUGACCCAAUUAUGACGUCCACUUUUGAGUAUUUAAAUAACGUUCCUACUGAAUAUCUUUACUAUGAAGAAGAAGUUUUACGAGAUCCUUUUACGUUGAAAAAGUGGUUGUUUUAUUUGGAUGCCUUGAAAUAUGCUGUUCCCAAAGUUAAGUUUUCGGUAUACGAACGGGCAGUCGCCGCACUACCAAGGAGUUAUAAACUUUGGACUAUGUACCUUCGAGAACGCCAAGAAUACACCAAAAAACGUCACCCCAGUAGCAAGUCAUAUCUGAUAGUGAAUAGAAUUUAUGAACGGAGUCUUGUUUAUUUGAACAAAAUGCCUGUUCUUUGGUCCAUGUUUUGUCGCUUUUUACUGGAGCAGUGUAGAUGGACAUAUACUCGUCACGCACUGGACCGUGCUUUGCGAUCCCUCCCGGUUACUCAACAUAACCGAAUAUGGCCCAUUUACUUAGAAUUUGCCCGCAAGUGUGGAGUAGCGGAAUCAGCUGCUAGAGUGUUUCAUCGUUAUAUGAAGUUGGAGCCUUUUGUUGUUGAAGAGUUUGCAGAAUAUUUGAAGGAAGCUGGACGUUAUGAUGAGGCAGCUUCCAUAAUGAGUAAACUUUUAUGCGACCCCCAAUUUGCGCCAAGGAAAAAAGGUAGAACAAAACAUGAUUUGUGGUUAGAAUUGUGCGAAUUGUUGGUGAACCAUGGCUCGGAAGUUUACCAUGUGGACGUUGAAGGUGUUCUUCGAGGUGGUUUGAAGAGUUAUGAAGAUGAGGCGGGAACUCUCUGGUGCUAUUUGGCUGAUUAUUAUACACAAAAAGGACUCUUUGAGAAAGCAAGAGAUAUAUACGAGGAAGCCUUGGAAAAAGUAAAAACAGUGCGCGAUUUUUCCGUAGUUUUCGAUGCUUAUGCAAAGUUUGAGGAAAGUAUUUUAACACAUUCGUUGGAAAAUGCAAGUGAAGAAACAUCGACAGUAGUUGACGAUGAAUAUUUAGAUUUGACAAUAUAUCGACUGGAAGACUUGAUGAAUAGACGGCCAUUGUUGUUGUCGUCGGUGAUAUUGCGACAGAAUCCUCACAAUGUUCGAGAAUGGCAUAAGAGAGCAAAAUUAUUUGUAGAAAAUGAUCCUGUUUCCGUUUUGAAAACUUAUUCAGAAGCCAUUCAAUCGAUAGAUCCUGCUCAAGCAACCAAUGGCCGAUUGUAUACUAUUUGGGUUGCAUUUGCUCGGUUUUAUGAAAUACAUGGAGACUUGGACUCUGCACGAGAAGUGCUUGAGGAGGCUACAGAUUUUGAGUUUCGUCAUACGGAUGAUUUGGUAAACAUUUAUUGUGAAUAUGUGGAAUUGGAAUUACGCCAUAAUAAUCUGGACAAGGCAUUGUUGAUUGGUCAACGCGCUGUGAAGGAACCAAAACAAGAGAAGAAUUUCAAAGCGAAUCGUGCGAAAGCUGCCAUUGCUGCUGGUGCCGGUAACAUUGCAAUUGAAGGGAAUUGGAACGUUUGGAGAGAACGAGCGAAAGAUCGUGCUUGGCGUUCUCCAAAGUUGUGGGGUCUUUUAGCGGAUUUGGAAGAGUCACUCGGUUCAUUUGAACGAUGUUGUGCGGUAUAUGAAAGAAUGAUUGAUUUGAAGAUAUGUACUGCUCAGAAUGUGCUAAACUAUGCAGCUAUUUUAGAAGAAAAUCGAUUUUUUGAAGACGCUUUUCGAAUAUAUGAAAGAGGAGUUGCACUAUUUUGUCAGUCACCGGAAGAAGAUGAAGGUGUGGAUAUGAUGCCUUCCAAAAAUCAGAUGAAUAACAAUAUGAUGUCGAAACGCAAACAACGCACUUUCAAUCCAGCUGUAUUAGCACUUUGGUUACUUUAUAUUGACAAGUUUUUGCAACGCUAUGGCGGUGAGAAAAUGGAAAGAACGAGAGAUUUGUUUGAAGCAGCCAUUCGUCAUAUUCCCUCUACGUUUCUGAAGACCAUGUUUAUGUUUUAUGCGAAUACGGAAGAGGUAUAUGGCUCUGCUAGAAGAGUUAUGUCGAUAUUAGAAAGAGCAGUUGAGCAAGUUCCUGUGGAAGAUCGAUAUUCUUUGUUCCAAUUUUAUAUUGCCAAAUCUGCCAAAUUAUACGGACUAGCGAGAUUGCGUGUUGCCUAUGAACAAGCCAUUGCAAGUGUUCAAGGUGCUCCAGUGAUUCAACUUUGUUUGGAAUAUGCAGACUUGGAAACACGUUUGGGCGAAUAUGACAGAGCUAGAGCAGUUUAUUCACAUGGUGCUCAACUUGCAGAUCCUCGUGAAUACGCUGAUUAUUGGAAAAUAUGGAAUGAUUUUGAAGUUGCACAUGGAACAGAAGACUCUUUCCGUGAUAUGCUUCGAGUAAAGAAGUCGGUGGAAACUCUAUAUUCAAGGGUUCAUUAUGCUGCACCUAUGGCUCAGACCGCAGUUCAACCCGAUGCAAUGGAAUUGAUUGAACAGGAAACUAUAAAAGAAACACAAGAAUCCAUUCGAGAGACAGCAAAUAUUCAAGAAAAUCCCGAUGAAAUAGAAUUGUCACAGGACAGUGACAGAGAAGAAGAACAAGAAGGAAACAAGAAAGGAGAGAAACAUGAUAUCGAAGCUAUUGAACAACAGCCUUUACCUGAAACCCUAUUCCAACCUUUGGCCAAGACCGAAAAUAGAGACCAGAAUAAUAAUACUGUUGGUGCUUUGGAACGUUUCAAACGCAAGAAACGAAAACAAGAUGAACCAUCGCAUGAUUCAUUGGAAUAAAGCUGUGUUGGAUUAGCACGAUGAGUUCUUUACGUUGUUUCAAGCAACUCUCUUCCAGUCAGUUGAGGCGUCGUUUACAGACUGUACAAGUUGCUCACUUUAGUUUUACUCAACAAGAAAAUGACUCUCAAGAAGUGGUAGAAACAGAACCUUGGUUCUAUAAUAGAGGUUGGCCGUAUGAGCCACUGUAUGGCCCAAGACCAAAGUACCCUAAAAGAA